AUGCCCCCUUAUUUUGUCUUGGCUGGCGAUAGCACAACAGCCACCCAGUCGUCCAAUGGAGGAGGCUGGGGAGAUGGAUUUCUGAACACUACGCUGUUCAACGGGGCAUCUGGUCACAACUAUGGGCAUAAUGGUGCGACAACGGUCAGCUUUCGAGCUGGCGGUGACUGGGACACCGUACUUGCAAGGGUCCGGAAUGUUAGCCACCAGUACCAACCAUUCGUGACUAUUCAGUUCGGGCAUAACGACCAAAAGGCAGCCGCAAACAUCUCGCUCUCCCAGUAUACUGAGAAUCUACAAAGAUAUGUGACAGAAGCGGUUGAUGCAGGGGCAACCCCUAUUCUUGUGACACCGUUGUCAAGGCGCAAUUACGACAACUCGACAGGACAGCCGGUGAUUAUCCAGGAUCUUGCGAAUCAAACAGCAGCGACCAUCACGGCCGCACACAACACUGGCGCCGCGUUCAUUAAUCUCAACCGCGCCAGUACUGACUACCUCAAUGCGAUUGGACCGACGGACGCCUAUACCUAUAACUUAAUUACUACCGACCACACUCAUCUCAAUGUCGAGGGUAGCAUCGUUUUCGGUGGAAUUGUUGCCGACUCAAUCCUGGGCGAUUUCCCCGAGUUGCACGGACAUGGCUUCGUUCGGGUGAAUGAGACCUUGAAAAGGGAUGUUGAGCAUGGAAUCUAUUACUGGCUGUGA